AGUGGAACAUGAAGCAGGCAAGCAUCACUAAGAACUUCUCUUUCUUUUCCUAAUAGCCCUGUUUUCCCAUCUGUAAUACAGAGAUUUGCAUAGAUAUUUUCACCAUGGCAAUGAGAUCUGAUAGAGUUUUGCAUUUAUGCUUUGUGUGGCUUCUGGUGUCUGCCAUGGUGUUGAAAUCUGCAGAUUGCCACAGAGGGAGGAAGAGGCUUCCCAAGCCCUGCAAGAACUUUGUGUUAUAUUUUCAUGAUAUAAUCUACAAUGGCCAAAAUGCCCAUAAUGCAACUUCUGCACUUGUUGGAGCCCCUCAAGGAGCUAAUCUCACCAUCAUGACUGGCAAUAACCAUUUUGGAAAUCUUGCUGUGUUUGAUGAUCCUAUUACUCUUGACAACAAUCUGCACUCUCCUCCAGUGGGAAGAGCUCAGGGCUUUUACUUCUAUGACAUGAAGAAUACAUUCAGUUCUUGGCUUGGAUUCACAUUUGUGCUGAAUUCAACUCAUCACAAGGGCACCCUCACCUUCAAUGGAGCAGACCCCAUUAUGGUUAAAUACAGAGAUAUAUCUGUUGUUGGGGGUACUGGUGAUUUCUUAAUGGCCAGAGGAAUUGCUACCAUUGACACUGAUGCGUAUGAGGGAGAUGUUUAUUUCAGGCUAAGGGUGAAUGUCACACUCUAUGAGUGUUACUGAACAAAUGCUUUCCUCUGCAUUACUGGCUCAUAGGAGUCAUUAAAGAGUUCAAUGUCUAGUGCAUGGAAUAAGAGAAUAUGGAGCAUGCAAUCUUUUUGAAGAUCCCUGUAAAAGUGCACUUUAUAGAGUUUAGUUUUCUCCUCUAGGUAAUUAUGUUUUGGAAAGGCUUUAUAAAAGUCAUAUUAUGAAUUAUUAUGUCAAAUAAUUGAAUUUCAAAGAUGAUUGAAGCAA